AUGAGUGCCGAGCAGGCGUGGCAGCGUCUGCCCUGUACAUCCUGUCACCGCAGCUACAAAUUCUAUUGUCCCAAGUGCAACAUUCCACUUGGUGUACCAAAGAGCGUGACGGUACCAUCACUGAAGUUACCACUACGUAUCGAUAUAUGGUUUCAGGACAAGAUUAAGAAGAGUACGGCACCACAUGCCAAGGUCUUGGCUCCGCAGGACGUGGAGAUUAUUCCUUAUCCGUUAGUAAAUGAUAGCACCACUUUGAUAAAAUAUACACGUAAUAACGCUGUGGUAGUAUAUCCAUCUUUUGAGGCCGAGACAAUGGACGAGAUCAUCAGUAACGAGCUCCAAGACCUUCGUACGCUGAUCUUCAUUGACUGUCCGUGGCAAAAAGCGUCAGUGAUCAUAAAAGACCCUACACUCGCCAAUUUGCGUCAUGUGAAGCUUGCUCAUCCACCCAAAGAGAGCAAUUUCUGGCGCUAUCAUAAAGCUGGAGCUGGUUGUGUCUCUACAAUUGAAGCUAUCCAGUUGAUGUUGGAAGAAUAUACUGCUGCUGCGGAGAAGGCAGCAAUCACAUUGCCAAAGGGCUCGGAAACGACGCAGUUGUCGGACUUGCUCUUCUUUUUUAAGCUGCAGUUUUCUCGUAUUGUCGAGCACUUUGAAAAUGAAGCAGACCCGGAGAAAAAACCACCUAUGGAUGCAGACGAGAAGGAGCGUCGUCGUGUGAUGUACAGUCAAAAGGAGAAGGGCAAGAAGCGGCGGCUUGAGAACAAGCUGCAAGCGUGGGAAACACGGUCGAAAGCGAUUCAAGUGGGUGAUGAUCAGCAUCCGAUCACGAUGCAAAAGAGACGUCAUCGUCGAUGCUACAACUGCAAGAAAGAUGACCACCAUUCAAAAGACUGUGUACAGCCAUGUCGCUAUUGUAAAAAACUUGGUCAUUUCAGUGCCAAGUGCAGUAUGAAACAAGCGGCCUUCGAACGGGAGAUGAAGUUUCAACUAACACCACGUACAAAGGCUUUGUGA